CUCUCCAUGACUUGAAUAUGAAGAGAAACAAGUCCGCUAGCAGCUCCGUCACUCUCAGCCUUCAGCACUUGUCCUACAUUUAGUUUUUAGCCUUUUAUCAGAGCAGAGAAAACACAAGUGUCCCGGCUUUCACAGUGCACAGAGGAGCCGCGGCCUGGCUUGACUCUCCACGGUUCUCAUGGUGUGUUCAAGUACAGCCCGCUGCUCCGAGCUCUGCAACAGUCCCUCAGACUCUCUGGUGAGGAACAAAGCUUGGAAGAAGUGAUGGCAGAUAAAGAAGUCGCUCCCGCCGCCCCGGCCCCGGCCAAAGCAGCGAAGAAGAAGGUUUCCAAAGCCAAACCGGCUGGUCCCAGCGUCAAAGAGCUCAUCAUUGCUGCUGUGUCCGCAUCCAAGGAGCGGGGCGGCACGUCUCUGGCCGCCAUCAAGAAGGCUCUGGCUGCCGGCGGGUACGAUGUGGACAAGAACAAGGUCCGCGUCAAGACCGCCGUCAAGGGCCUGGUCGCUAACGGGACUCUGAGCCAGACUAAAGGCACCGGGGCCUCCGGAUCCUUCAAGCUCGCCAAGAAGGCCGCCGAGCCCAAGGCCAAGAAGCCCGCAGCUAAGAAAGCUGCAGCUAAAGCCAAGAAGCCCGCAGCCAAGAAACCUGCAGCGGCCAAGAAGCCCAAGAAAGCGGCAGCUAAGAAACCCGCAGCCGCUAAGAAAUCUCCCAAGAAGGCCAAGAAACCCGCAGCGGCCAAGAAAGCCACCAAGAGCCCCAAGAAGGCCACCAAGCCCGCCAAGAGCCCCAAGAAGGUGGCAGCCAAAAAGCCUGCAGCCAAGAAAUCCCCCGCAAAGAAAACCGCUGCCAAGCCCAAAGCCAAGAAGGCAGCACCCAAGAAGAAGUGAGCUCCACAUCACUCUCAUCACCAAAGGCUCUUUUAAGAGCCAACCACUCCAUCUAAAGAAACAAAAAAAAAAAUUCCUCUUAUCUUGCUCUGUGAUUGUUAGUAGUAAACAUUGUUAUUAGGCACAAGACUUACUAUGCAUUGCUCCCUAAGAUGACUUAUUUAAACAUUUUAAUUCUCGGACACUAAUUCCAUCCAUCCAUCCAUCCAUCCAUCAAUCCUAUAGUAUAUAAACACAUGUCAUAGUAAGGCUAACCUCAAUGGCAAUAAAUCAAUUACAUCCCUACAAUGUGUCAAGGGAAAAACAUGGGGAAAAAAUACUGCGUCAGAUUAACAAAAAUUAAAUUACGAAGUGAUCCACUUAGUGAACACAAGGGGGUUGUGAUCUUCAGGAGAUGCCAAUAUCAAAGUUAUCCAUUUAUAUAAAAAAAUGCGGGUGAUAAGAGCCAUUCAAUAUGUAACAAUAUGACAGUUACUAUGAAUCUAU